AUUUCAAGAAAAUGGGAACAGUCUCGCGUGCAGAAUAUUUAAAGAAAUACACAACAGAUUCAUCAGAAAAACCAGAAACUAAAAAAUCAACAAAUUUAUUGGAGUGUCAGGAAACUUCUCAAUCAUACGAACAAGGCCGGGAUGCAGAAACUCGCAAGCGAGUGACAGGUUUUAAUAGAGGAAGAAAAGGUAAACGAGAAGAAGAAAAUUCUGAAGAAAAAAAAGCUAGAGAAGCAAAACAAGCAGAAAUGGAGAAAAAAUAUUCGGCUACCCUACAACUCAUCCAAUCCUUAACUCAUCUAACACUUAACUCAUCCACACGGCCAAAAACGCUCAACUCAUCCAAUCCUCAACUCAUCUAA